AUGGAUAUUUUAACAAGCAAAUACUAUUUUCGUUGCAACAAAUUUUUAAGAUUUUGUGGCCAUUGGCCUUAUCAAAAACCAAUAAUUAAAAUUCUUAAUCAAACAUUAUUAAUGAUCACAAUCUUAACUAUCUUUAUACCACAAAUGAUAAAAAUGUUCGAGAUGAGACACGACUUCCAAGGCUUUAUUCUGAGUAUACCAUCAUUUUUAUAUUAUGGGAAUUUUAUUUUUAAAAAUAUUUUCGCUACGAUACUAAGAAAAGAGAUCAAAAAAGUUUUAGAACAAAUUAAUUAUGAUUUUAAAGUACUUUAUGAUAAAGAUUUGAAAAUUCUUGAUAAAUAUUAUAAGAAAGCUUAUGACAUUAACACUUAUUAUAUAGUAUACAUGUUAGUAGCUGUAUUUUUUUACAGUAUGCUACCCUUCACGUUGCAUACAAUGGACAUUGUGUUUCCAAAAAAUGAAUCACGGCUUCCACAAUCGCCAAGGCUAAUAAAAUAUUACAUUAAUAUAUUUGAUGAUAAUAUAUAUUUCAUUACAUUUCAUGGCUUUUUAUGUGACACCUUAUCAAUAAUUUUUUUACUAGGUUUCGAUACUCUUUACUUUACAUUUGUGUAUCAUGCUUGUGCUCUUUUUGUUAUCGUAACAACAAAUCUGCAUGAUUCGAUUAUUAUGGUGAAUCAAUGUGCUAAUAUUGAAUCAAAGGAACAUCAUAAAAAGAAAGAAGAACUAUUUAAACAGAAAUUUUUUAAAUGCAUAAUUCUGCAUAAAUAUACAUUAGAAUUUGUAGAUAAGUUACAAUCUGGAUUUUCAAACCUCAAUAUUUUUUCCAUUGUAUGCGCUAUGAUACCAUUGACUAUUACAGGCUUUGAAGCUAUAUUGUAUAAUAAGAACCUCAGUCAAAUGGUUCGUUUCAUAUUUUUUGCGGUUGCAGAAAUAAUUCAUCUUUUUUAUUAUAAUUGGCCUGGUGAAAAGAUACAGGAGCAUAGCUUGUUGGUUUAUAAAGCGUGUUAUAAUUGUAAAUGGUACGAGAAUUCUAUAUCAAAUAAAUAUAAAAGAUUAUUAAGUUUCAUGAUACUCAGGAGUCAAAAACCAUGUCUCUUAACUGCUGGAACAAUAUAUAUUCUUAACAUGGAAAAUUUUUCUGCAGUGAUAAAAGUAUCAGUAUCGUACUUUACAGUUUUGUCAUCACUUAUGUCACCAUAA